AUGGGCGGUGAUUCUACGAAUGAGACGGGCGUUAUCGAUCCGAUGAGUUUCUUCGAUGAGGACUCAAAUACGAGGGCCACUCUCGCGUCAUUUGAGGAUGGCAAGGAGAAGUAUAAGCAGUUAACUGAGGAGGAGCAGAAAAAUAUGUCGAAAUCUAUUGCGGACAUCUUUAACUUGAAGGAGGAAGCUGAGAAUAGGGAAGAUGUAGAUAUGGAUGACGAUGCUGAAGAGGUGGUGGAUGUAGAGGACAGGGAGAGGAGGACGGAGAGAUUGAAGGGGGCACUGGGAAUAUUGGCGCAGUUAUGGUGGCAAGAUUCGGUUUUCAUCAAUGAGGCUGCGGAGAAAUUGGCGGAUGGGAGUAGAGAUGCUAAAUGGCGAGUGCCUCUUGGAGACUCUGGUAUUUUGAAUUUCUUUCUUGAAAUAUUGAAUGCACAUACUUUACGCCAUGCCCUUAGACUUCAAAUAUUGCGAUUGGUGGGAAACUCUUGCGCAGAUACAGUUCCUGCUCAACAACAGGCUUCUAGUUCAUGUUUGAGCAAAGAACUUGUCAAACUCAUUGCGAGCCCUCGGUUCAAGGACAGCGUACAUUUUCUUGAGUACAUAUGUAAAUUACUCGAUCUACUUAUACAACAACCUUCGGAGCCAGAUAUGGCACCAGAUAAUAUUCCAAUUGUCCUAUUGAAGUUGGCUUUUGAUCGUGAAAAUCCAGUAGAUAUGGAAGAUUACAUUGCUCUUGUCAACACUGCUGUGGCGUAUCUGGGACACGAGAAAUUCCAAAAGACAUUGGUCAAAGGACCUCAAGCGCUCGAUACCGCUCUUGCUGUCCUCGUUGAUUCAUAUACACGAUUCGAUUCCCAUCCAUCAAUUGGUCCCUCGACAACACACGAGGACGAUGCAAAAGUCUUGUCACAAAUGCGUAUCAACUUAAAUUCGGCUUUGUCUGACAUCUCAGCUUUACCGGAAUUUAAAGAGGCAUGCCCAGUUGUGUCGCCAUUUUCUUCUUCGCUGCGCCGAUGGUUAUCAAGCGAACAAAUUCAAUUACAGGUUUGUGCUUGUAUAAUGCUAGGCAACCUUGCUCGUAAUGAUGAAGCUUGUGAACUGUUCGUACACACCGCUCGAGUUCACACACCCCUGAUCUCUAUACUCAAAGAUGUUAACGAUUCACAAUUACUUCAUGCGGCCCUUGGUUUCCUCAAAAAUCUGGCGUUGCCUAUAAAGAAUAAGGAAGUAUUAGGAAGCUCCGGGAUUUUUGAAGUCCUCCCUAGAUUAUGGCUUCUUGAUAUGCUACAACCAAUCCAAUUAUCAUCCAUAUCUCUUAGUCGUCAACUCGUCAAUGGCUCCAUGGAAAAUGUCAAUCGAGUCUGUGCACGUCUUUCGGCAGAUGAGGAUUCGCCAGCUCACGAACGUUCAAAUCUUUCUCUCUUAAUCGCGUUGUUCGAUCGCACUGAUGUAGAGCCAAUUAGAAUGGAAAUCUCCCGUCUAAUUACAGCCGUAUGUCGAGUGUUCACAGCCUAUAAAGGUCGACCAGUUGAAGAACUCAACGAAACUCGAAGAAAAUUCCUACUCCGCCAUCCCGACAUCGGACGCCCCCUAAGUUUCAUGGUCUCUCAAACCAAAUGGCCGAUCGUCAGAAGCGAAGGAUGGUUUGUGUUUGCACUCAUGGCUCGACAUCCCGAUAGUGCGCAAUGCAUUAGCGACAUGAUGCAAGACGUCGCCGUCUUCCAACCUCUCGUCGAAAUGCUCACGGGCAAACCACUCCUAGAAUACAACCCCGCCUACGCAAUUCACACUCCCCGAUCUACCACCUCAGACAGCAACUCAUCCGGAACCCUGGGAAUCGAGCCCCAAAGCCCUGAACCGGAGCCCGUACAGCCACACGCACAAGCCGCGGAAAUGGCACGCAUUGAUCGGGAAAAUGCGCUGGUGCUCGUGAGUGAGCUGUUGAAGAAUAGGGGGAACGAUAUGGCGGUUAUGAGACGCGCGGUCUUUGAGGAUUUGUUGAAGGGGGGUGGGGAGUUGGUUAUGAGUAGUAGGGAGGGGAUGGAGGGGAAUGGGCCUGCGAAGUGGAGGGAGCCGGAUCCAAGGGGUCCGGGGCUGAAUCUGCAGGAGGUGGCUAUGGAGAGUAUUAGGGAAAUUUCGUAG